UCGCAUCUCGCAUCCGUCGUCAUCGGCGCCACCAUCGGAGCCAUCAGCUGAUUAACGGUCUAGUCUAGCGUUAGCAGCGUUGUUCGCGCCAACGACUCCAACGAUCUGUAAAAAGGCGGGCUUUCGCGAGACUCAGACGGCAGACGGUGCAUCUUCUAAGAUAGUAGAUAAUAAUAUACCUGCCUGUGGCCAGCGGCACGUCUGCGAUCGGUAUAUAACGUCAUACGUAAAGGGCUAUGUCGCAGCCAUCAGUGACGGCAUACUUUAAUACGCGCAAACGGCAGGCGUGCGACGAGUUACGCGGUAAGUCCAAGAUUUUGCUACUGGAGCGAGACAACCAAGUGCAGACAGUUAUCGACAAUUCGGAGCGAGCCGCGUUGUCUUUCUCAAACGAGGCAAGUACCGUAAGUACGAGUACGGGAUCCAGUCCGAAAAUCGUGUGGAAGGACGCGAAGGAUGCUGUCGCGAAUUCGAAGGAAGCCGUUCAGGCCAACAAGGCGGUCCGCAAUAUCCAGUUCGAUUCUUCGAAAGCGAUCCCCGAGAAGACCUGUACCAGCAGACCUAAAGCGCGAGCCGUUCGUUCUCGCUCUCGCUCUCGCACCGUACUUUCGACACCCUCCUCGGACGGAAGCCAGCCAGACAUCAGAGAUAGCUUUUUGAAGGUGGGAAGCGAUCCAGAGGCCAAGAAAGUUCCCUUCGAGAAGAAAGGCACGCUUAGUCCGAAGAAGAAGCCACAGACGCCCAAGAAAGCUUCUGCCUUGUCUGCCUUGAUCUCAUCAAGGGAUAACACGACGAAAGAAGAUGAUUGUGACAAGGAACAACCUGCCAGCGGUUCUCUCACUCCACCGUCGUCAAAGAAGCUUUCAACGAUGGAAAGACUUGCGAGAAGUGAAAAUUUAAGCUUGACUGACAUCAAAAAUAGAAUCGCCAAGUCUCCCAGAUUGACAGAACUGAAAGCCAUAACGCGACGACUCGCCAAUUGCGAUCGGGCAUUGGAACAAUUGCAAAAACAGGAUGCGAUUAAGAAACCUCAAAUGCAAAAGUUUGAGAAGGUGGAACUUGAAAUUCCAGUAAGUCCACAAAAGGCGUACAAAUCUCCAACCAAGGGAUUAUUGACUCCAACGAAGAAUAGAGAUCUCUUAAAGACGGUCAGUCCCCAGAGGCGAAUUUUGUUUGAGCCUAAAGAAACCACGCCAAGUCUAGGGAACUCCAGUCCUGUUAAGGCAUAUCAAAAAUAUCUCUCUCUGGCUGAAAGCGAAAUACCUGGAUUGGCAUUGCCCUAUACCUAUAGAUUCCUAGCUGAAAUAUUCAGAUGUGUAGAUACGGUUUCAGCAAUGCUGUUUAAUAGAAAGGAAUUGAUAACAUUCAAUAAACUUAAACCUGCGGUUCAAGAAUUGCUACGUCGUAAUUUUACACAGGAGCAUCUAGCUCAAAUAAAAACUAUUUACCCUGAUGCUUAUACUUAUCAUCAAGAGAAGCAUCGAAAUUUUGGUUCGGUCUCCAAGCAAGAAAAAUAUGAAUUGGUUCUAACACCUGUAGUUGAAACAAUUAAUGGCAGAAAUACGCCUGAUGCGGAUGACAUAUUGAAAACUGCGUCUGAAAAUAGUAUGAGCCCCACGAUAUUGCUGGAAAGAAGGAAGAAAUUUUACAACGCUUUAUUAGAGAGAGUAAAGGAUGAACAUGAGAAAUUUUUGUUAAGCCUUAAAACACCGAGAUUAAUGAAUAUACCGAGAGAGAAAAUAGUACGCUGGCAUCCUGAGUUUGAUGUGGAGUCUUGUAAGAAAAUUGAGCAAGCUGUAUUACCGCAACCACCUUAUGUUGAAAAACAAACCGCUAGAGAUGUUCUUGACAAAGCUAAAUCUAUGUUUAAUUGUGGUACACGUAUGGAGAAAGCAUUGCAAAGGCUCGUUGAAGCAAACCUAACUUCCAGAUCCACACAAGAUUCUACAACCCAAACAACAGAAGAUGGUGUUCCGAAGGUUAACAUUACCAUUGUGGACACUCCACCAAGUACGCCAUCCGUACAAACUGAUCAUCUCAGUACACUAUUCAAGGGCAUUCCCAAGGCUCUACUCGAGAAGGUUCGUGCUAAACAAGCAGCCAAGGCAUUAGAAGCAAUGACGAGAACACCCAAUGCAGAUAAAGAAGCUGCACUAUACUCCAGACUUCCCGAAUUAGCGAAGCUUGUUCGCAAUAUUUUCGUGGCGGAAAAAAAGGGCGUUUUACCAAUGGAGAUGGUGAUACAAAAAUUGGACAAUUCUUUCAGAACGAAACUAACGUUAUACGAAAUGGAGGAGCAUAUACGAAAACUGUGCAAGCUCUUACCUACGUGGGCCAGUAUACAUAAUGUACGAAAGGUGGAUUAUUUGAAAUUAGAUAAAAAUGUUGAACUUGCUAAAGUGAUUAAGCAAUUGGAAAUUUUGGCCAAUGAUAAAGUCAAGACAGCGUCCUAAUUUGUAUAUUCCGAUAUGUAUUAUAUUUCGAAUAUCUGCAUUUUCACCUAAUAGAAACUAUUAUGCUAUUUAAGUUGGAAACGUUUAAUUUUGCAUACUUACGUCUAUAUCGUAAUAAAAAGAUCACUGUACAAUGCAUCUUAUUAUAUAUAUAAUUUAUGACAUUACCAUUUGUUUUUCAUGCUUCACAAAGCAUUUUUAAUAAAUAUAAUUAUUAUAUAAAACUAUGAAGUAUGAAAUAAAAUGUAAUAAAUGAGAAUAUGUACUACAUUCUAUAUUAUAAUUUACUUUUCCUAUUAAUACGAAGCUACUUUCAGAGAAAUGUCAAUGUAAAUUUGUUAUGUCUGAGGAAUUACAGUUGAAUCAUGUAAGAAGUCCCCUAAAUUUCUUAAGCAAAAUUGCUGACGAUGUAUGCAUUGCCUUUGAUAUGUUUAUUAAUAAAGCUAUUGAAAAA